AUAAUUUACUUUCAAAAAAACUGUUUUUUAAAUUGUUGUGGCAUGUCAAUUGCAAUGAUUGUGAUUAGAAAAAUGUUGUGUUUUAAAGUUUUUAGCCUGAAACGAUUGUUCUGAUAAUCAUAAAUACCAUAUUAAACAAGUAAACAGCUUUUCAAAUAAAUUCAAAGAUGUUUAAGAUGUCAGAAAAAAUUGCAAGUUGCAUUGAUUCUAAUUUAACAAUACUCAUUAUUGGAGAAGCCAUGAUCGAUCAAUAUACAUAUGGUGAGGUUGGUGGAGUUACAUCAGAAGCUGUUAGCUUUGUUGUAAAACAUUUGAAGACAACAAGAGGACUUGGCGGAAGUGCAAAUAUUGCACAAAACAUUGUUAACCUUGGUUCUAAAGUUCAUCUCCUUUCGUUAGUUGGUAAUGACGACAACCUACCCAUUCUGUUAGAAGAAAUGAAAAAUCAUAAAAUAGAUUUUAUUCCUGUUAUUACAACCCGCCCAACAAUUGUGAAGCACAGAAUAGUUGCAAGAAAUCAGCAAAUUUUGCGAAUAGAUUAUGAAGAUGACUCAACUCUUUCAGAAAGUGACGAAACUUUAUUAUUAGAGCAAAUAAAAAAUCUGAACAUCGACAUUUAUGACGCUGUUAUCUUAUCCGACUACAACAAAGGUAUGUUUACAAAAAACGUAACAAAAGAACUGUUCGAAAUAUUCAAAGAGAAAUUUAUUUUAGCUGACGCACGGCCGAAAAAUAUGCAUCUUUUUUCAAAAGCUUCAAUAAUAAAAUGUAACUUUUUAGAGUACAAAGGUUUUAUGAACAGCCUAAAUGUUGUUGUUUCUAAUCAAAACCAAGAUAUUGAAGCGAACAGAGAUAUCUUGUUGAAGCAUUUUAACGCUUUUCUAAUAACAAGAAGUGAGGCUGGAAUAAGUUAUGUUUCUAACGAAAUAAUUGAACAUUUGCCAGCAUUUACAACAUCAGUGUUAGAUGUAACAGGUGCAGGUGACACUGUGACAUCUUCCUUUGUUCUCGAAUAUUUACAAACAAAAUGUAUUAAACUUUCUCUAAUGUUUUCGAUGCUUUGUGCUAAAAUUGUCGUAUCGAAAUUCGGUUGCGUUCCAAUAUCUAAAGAAGACUUCUUAAUUGAAAAAAGAGGAACGAAAUCAAAAAUAAUUUCAAGUUACGAGGAAGUUAAAUUUUUAGCCGAAACUUUAAAAAAGAAAGGAAAAACAAUUGUUUUCACGAAUGGUUGCUACGACAUCGUUCAUGUAAACCACGCAGAGUUUUUAAUUAGGGCUAAGAAGUUAGGAGAUGUUCUUUUUGUUGCUAUAAAUGACGAUGCUUCUGUUAGAAGAUAUAAAGGUCCGGACAGACCAAUAAUCGAUGAAAAUUCUCGCCUUACUUUAAUUUCCAGUUUUCAACCUGUGGAUUAUGUGUUUCUGUUUUACGAAAAUGAUCCUAAAAAAGUUAUUGAACUUAUAAAGCCAGACUUUCAUGUUAAAGGAGGCGAUUACAAACACGAAGAAAAUUUGCCAGAAACAGAAACAGUAAAAAAAUGUGGAGGAAAGGUUGUACUUAUAACAUUAAAAAAUAAUAACAACUUAUCUACUACAGAAAUAAUAAAGAAAGUAAUUCAAACUUAUGAGAAUUCUAAAUCGUGAAGAAAUAUCAGCAAACAAUAACACAAUUAGCCAUUGUGACAUCAUUUUCAGACCAUUUUUCCUAGUUAGAAGAAACCUAAGCUUUUUUUUUUUUACAAAAUUUUACUUUUGCUUCGAAUGAACCAAGUAUAUGGCGAUUCGUGAAAUUCUCGCAUGCUAACAUUUUUGCUAAAAUUUUGAAUCUGGCACGAUAUGGCUUCAAUUCUCACGUUGCAAGUGUCAUUACUAGGGCUUUUAAUGUUAACUUUCUAAAUGUCUUGAGUGACAUUGAGAAAAUUUACUGCUUAUUUUGAUGAUUAAUUUUGUUUCAUGAAUCAGUUUGCAGGUAAAUAUAUUACAAUAAAAUGUUUUACAAUAAAUAUAUUACAA